UUUACGUACAUAUAUACAGAAUUUCGAUCAUUUACGACUAAGAAUAUUUAUGUCGAGAGAUGAGAUCACCGAUCUUUUGAUAACUUGACUCGGUAAUUGAUGAUUUCUUUGUCCGUUCUGUUGAAUUAGCGUCAGAAGCUCUUUAACUCGAGCGCACCACUGCGCCAUUCAUUCAGGUCACGAGACGGCGAUGCGUCAUGUAGCUCUCUGUUAAUCAAAUGAAUCCAAACAAAUUUUCAUAACACGGGCAACAACUUGAUUCUCACAGAGUGAUUCAGAAUACGAUACAGAACGAGGCGUCUGAUUUGGCCAUUGGUAGAUAUACAUGCAGGCAGAUAUAGGCCGAGAAAAGCGUGUGUCACCUAUGAUGGUUGACACGCUUGGCAUGCGUGGCCAAGAUGGUGGUGGCAAUGGAGGCACCACAACGAUAGUUGAACUUCUCUGCGUGUCGUCCGUCGUCUCUCUACGGUGUGUUCCCUCUUUAAUUCUUCUGCAGCUCUUCAGAGGGUGUUUCUCGUUGGUGAUGCGCGUUUGUGGUGGAAUAUCGUUGAUGUGUUAGUUGUGCAUCGUCGAAGAAAGAUCGCUAGAUGGUCGGUGUAUUUGUGAGAUCGCUGCUACGCCGUCCGAAAAUAGAUAAAUGAACGACAAGCGUGCCAUCCUUGUUAUCGGUGGUUCCAUGUACUCUGAAACAAUGUACGAUUAUUAAAAAGGUUCAUAGUCGACGUCGGAUAGGAAUGGAGGUACUCAAAACCAGCCAGGAGAUUGUGCACGAAGGGUGGCUCAUUAAAUCGCCACCUACCAAACUUUGGCGAGCGAGAUGGAGGAAGAGGUGGUUUGCUCUUCGGCACAGUGGAGAAUUACCUGGACAAUAUUUUUUAGAGUAUUAUACAGAUAGACGUUGUAGAAAAUUAAAGGGUCGUAUCGAUCUUGAUCAAUGCGAGCAGGUUGAUGCAGGCCUAAGGUUCGAAAAUCGAAAACAAAAGUAUCAGUAUAUGUUUGAUGUUAAAACACCGAAAAGGACGUACUAUUUAGUGGCAGAAAGUGAAGCUGAUAUGAAUAAGUGGGUAGACGCUGUAUGUCAAGUUUGUGGCUUAAAGGCAUACACUCAGGAUGAGGAACAGCAAUGUCAAAUGUUCCAGUUUGAAUCACAAGAAUCCCCACCAAUUUCUCCCACCAGCACUAUUUCUGGUCCAUACAUUCCUAUUAGCGAAUGUAUUUCUGGUCGACGGUUAAAUGAUACUAGUUCUCUCAAUUCGACUUUGGGACAAGGACCUGAACAUUACGAUGCCCCAAGACGAUUGGCCCCUUCUCCACCCAGAUCUCCUACAACAACUGACGCAGAAAGUGUCUUCACCGACGAUGAAUGGACUGCUCCAGUGCCUAGCGUGAAUUGGGAAACUUUUCCUUCCUCAGGUGAAUCUAAACAACCGCACAGUUCGAGUGACGCCGAAAUUGGUUCUUGGAGUGUACGGAAGCGGUUUGGAAAGUUGAGAAUCGUUGACUCCACUGUACCACCUUCUGUAGAGAAGUUGCCAGCACCUCCAAGACCGCCGAAACCUCCUCACAUGUUACCUGAAAAUCCUGGUCAUAAUUAUUUAAAUUUAGAUGGUGCUACCGAAAGCUCAAAACCUACAACUCCAGCGACUCCCGCGCCAUCGACCCCUGCAACAGCUAUUGUAACAGACGAAUCAUACGAUUUUCCAAGAUCUCAUCAACCCGGAGCACCAGAACCAAGCACAAUAGACAAACAUUUUUAUUCCAAUGCUGCUCCAAGCAACGUCGAGGAGACGCGCGUAUUCCGCUAUGACUUUCAAGAAGAGGAACCGUCGAGUCCACGCUCUGAAAGUUCUGCAACUGCUAUGUAUUCGAAUUUGCCAAGUCCCCUUGUUCGGGACAAUUCAACUUCACUACCAACAACAGUGGCACCGCCGCCGCCGGUUGUUUAUCGAGAAUUGAAACCAGGAAGAAAAACCAGCGAUUCUAUUUCAGUAAUUAGUAAUGAAGCUUCUCCAGGACCGACGGUGUCAGGUUUGGAAAUGAGUUCUGCCGAACAUUCUCCUGCCGAGCCACCGAGUAUUAAUAGGAAACUUAAACCUCCGUUGAAUAAAUCUCCCGUCGAAGGACCUUUGCAACUAGCUUCUCCGCCUGGAAGAGGAAGAAUUAGAGCGGCUCCAAGUCCCACACCUCCAACUCACGCUCAUUCGAAUCGACAUCAAUCGACAUCGGAUGAAGAUAACAAUACCUUCGAUGACAAAGAAGAGAUAUACUACUACCAAGAGCAAAAUACGUUCAUUCCUGCCUCAAAUCGUCGUCUCGUCGUUCUGCAGUAUUUAGAUCUCGAUCUAGAAGUAACGGAAAAUUUCACUUCUUCGAGUUUACCACCAACUCAAUCUCCUCCAAACACAACGGUGUAUAAAACUGUGGAUUUCUUGAAAACCGAGGCCUUCAAUCGUACUCGUCAACGAGUCGAAGAAGAAAGGAAACAAUGUACAGACGAACUGACAUAGCUUUGAAUUUUGUAUUUCAAAUAUUUCAGCAUAACGCGCAACAGAAGAGGAAAAAGCCCGCAACGUUUUUUUAGCUAGCGUAUAAUAUUGUUAUUAUUUAGUAGCACUUCACGAUAUUACAAAGAUUCCUGCGCAGUCUUUGGCGAUUUUUCAAGUGCUUUUUAAAUUUUUACGUUUGUUAUUGAAUCGAAGAUUAUUCGAAAUCUUCGUUCUCGAUGAUGUAUCAUAGUUGGAAAUCGAAGAAAGCAAUAUUCAAUGAACCAAAAAUGUAAUAUUAAAGUUAAGGAGAACAAUAAGAUGAAGAGCAGUUUUGCGGAAAUCGUUAUAUCAGAAUUUGUUAAAACAUUUUUAAUUAGGAAAAUAAGUAUUAUUACAUUUAGGUGCGAACUGUUUUUACAUAGAUUUUACGUAUGCCUGUAACAAGAAGAAGGCGUUUUAAUCAUAGAAUGCAACGAAUUAUGAUGAUAUUGCUGGAAAUUUUAGAUAUCCUAAUUUAAAAUACUAAACAGGUAGUAUGUAAUAUAUUUUCAAAGUGCCUGAAUUUAUUGUUUUUUUUUUUUUUU